UCACAAGCAUCUUACCAACCAACGAGGUAAGCGGUUCGCCAGUUUUCUUCUAAACCCUGUUGGCGACCCUUCAUUUUACAACUGAAAAAGAGAAUUCUGCAGUGUAAGGAACAAUGGGAGAGGUGAGAAAUCUUCAAGUUCCUCUUAUUACCCCAUACAAAAUGGGUAACUUUCACCUCUCUCACAGAUUAGUUUUGGCACCCCUAACAAGAAUGAGAUCAUACGGAAAUGUUCCUCAGCCACAUGCUAUAUUGUAUUACUCCCAAAGAACCACAAAAGGGGGCCUUCUUAUUGCUGAAGCAACCGUGAUUUCUGAUACUGCCAUAGGGUACCCAGAUGUGCCUGGUAUAUGGAAAAACGAACAAGUUGAAGCCUGGAAACCUAUUGUGGAUGCUGUUCAUGCCAAAGGUGGUAUCUUUUUUAGCCAGAUUUGGCACACAGGGAGAGUUUCAAAUACAGGAUUCCAGCCAAAUGGACAGGCUCCAAUCUCUUGUACUGACAAAUCCAUAGGCCCUAGUAGCAAUGGUUCACAUUAUUCGCCUCCUCGACGACUCAGUACCAAGGAAAUACCUCAAAUCAUAAAUGAUUUUAGACUUGCUGCUAAGAACGCCAUGGAGGCUGGUUUUGAUGGAGUUGAAAUCCAUGGUGCUCAUGGAUUUUUAAUUGAUCAGUUCAUGAAAGAUCAAGUCAAUGACCGAACAGAUGAGUAUGGAGGCUCCUUAGAGAACCGUUGCAGAUUUGCUCUGGAAGUUGUAAAAGCUGUGUCAGAAGAGAUAGGAGCAGACAGAGUAGGCAUAAGGCUUUCGCCUUUUUCAGAUUACAUGGAAUCAGGUGACUCAAAUCCAGAAGCUUUGGGACUCUAUAUGGCUGAAUCCUUGAAUAAAUACAGCAUCCUUUACUUGCACGUGGUUGAGCCGAGGAUGAAAACUAUGGAAGAAAAAUUCAAAUGCUCAGAAAGCCUUGUGCCAAUGAGAAAAGCAUUUAAUGGCACUUUUAUUGUCGCGGGGGGUUAUGAUAGAGAAGACGGUAACAAUGCAGUGGCUGAGAACCAUGCUGACCUUGUAGCGUAUGGUCGUCUGUUCCUAGCAAACCCUGAUCUGCUUAAGCGGUUUGAGCUUGAUGCCCCCCUUAAUAAAUACGAUAGGAACACUUUCUACACAUCUGAUCCAGUUGCUGGCUACACUGAUUAUCCGUUUCUUGAAGAAGCAACAAGUGCCUAACCGUAGAACAUAAGAAACAGAGUGUCUGUUGUUUUCUUUGAGUCGGAGGUAAUAAUUUUAUAACAGUUGAUGCUUAUGAUUAUCUGUCCUUGCGGAAACCUGGUUCUACAGAGGCACUCACAAAUUUAUUUAGCCCGCAUCGAGUAGCCUAAUUUUGAUUGGGUUGUUAAUGUGCGCCAACUAGAUUUGUGAAAAAAAUUUGGGUCCGUCUUAAGAGUGAGCGAAGCUGUCAUCUCAAGAAAACAUCUAACAAUGGCCUUGGGAGAGGAUAUGGAUUAGGUGGAUAGCUUAGGCUUGAAACUUCUUGAGUUGUAAUGUGUGAAAACGGUGAUCAUUCAUUUUACAAGGCUACGCCUACUUCCAUUCCUCUUCCAACUGCACAUCUCACUUAGUUGCACUCUGCACCACAUAAUUCCAAUUCUU